AUGACAAGUAACUGUGAAAACUCUUCGACCUCAAAUGCUGUCAAAGUGAUGCGUCCUGGACAUGUUAUCGAUAAAUGGCGAAUCAAAGCUCUUCUGGGAAAAGGUGCUUGUGGUGUUGUUUACAAAGUGGAAGAUAAGAACCGCAAAGGCUACUGUGCAGCAAUGAAAGUCGAGUACGACUCACAGGAAUUCGACCGCACGCUUCAAAUCGAAGUUCAUGUACUUAGCAAGUUGAAAGAUGCCAAGGAUGUUCUCAAGAUCAUAGACUGUGGAAAGAGGAAACACUAUACGUACAUGGUAACAACUCUCUGCGGGAAAGAUCUCAUGGCUCUACGGUUGAAGAUUCAGAGAGGAUUCAAUGAUGUAACGGCUUUGCGGGUCGCUCUUUUCACUCUCUACGGACUCAAACAAUUACAUGAGACGGGGUUUGUGCAUCGCGAUGUGAAACCGGGGAAUAUUAUGACAGCCGCUAAUCGUGGACGCGAUUCACGAUUUCUGAUUCUAAUUGACUUUGGAAUGGCUAGAUCAUUUGUGCUGACUGGUGAAGAUGGAAAAAAGAAGUUGCGUCCGAUGAGGAGAAGGAUCCCAUUGCGAGGAACUGUUCGCUACUGUUCGAUGAAUGUGCAUGAACGUGUCGAACAGGGUCGAUGUGAUGAUCUGAUUGCAAUGAUCUACACUAUCGUCUUUCUUACGCUCGGAUUGCCUUGGUCACAACUCAAAGACGAAAAAGAGAUCAUGUCCAUAAAGAAAUCUACAAAGGAUGUAGCUUUGUUUGAGGAUUUGCCAGAGGAGUUGAAGACUAUAUUCGAGUAUUUGAAGACGUUGAGCUACUCGGAUAGGCCUAACUAUGAGAAGAUUUACAAUUUGAUGAUGGCAUCCAUCAAUAGAUUGAAAAUCAACUUCAUGGACCCCUACGAAUGGGAGGAUGAAGAAAUUGAAAAAAUGGCCAAGAUCGAAAGAGAGGAAAAAGAGAAAGAAGAGAAAGAAAAAGAAAAGGAGCAGAAAAGUGAUCCGAUGAAAACUGCAAAGUCUUCAAAGCCAGCUGAAACGCCGAUUCCCGGAGACGUGGAUGAAGAGAAAAAAUUGAAGGGAAACGAUUCGGAUGAACAACAAAAUACAUCAAAAGUUGACAAAUGUAGCAAGUUGCAGAGCGCGAAAGAUUUGGCUAGUAGCCAUUCAGAUGCCAACGAGAACUCUCAGAUCGUUAAUGUUUCAAAAUCUGCAGAUCCUGCACCGGGGAACACGAACGACAUGGAAACUGCAAUUGACUAUGACCAAUCAGAAUACAAAACGAAAAAAGCGUUGCCGAGAGAAGAUCUGCAAUUUGUUGUGUUUCCGGCAAUCGCUCCACAUCACUUUACUGAAGUUAUUAUCCCUUUCUGA